UCAUCCGUCUUAUUUUUAUGGUCAUCCGUCUUAUCAUCCGUCUUAUCAUCCGUCUUAUUUUUAUGGUCAUCCGUCUUAUCAUCCGUCUUAUUUUUAUGGUCAUCCGUCUUAUCAUCCGUCUUAUUUUUAUGGUCAUCCGUCUUAUCGUCCGUCUUAUUUUUAUUGCCCGCCGUCUUAUCAUCCGUCUUAUCAUCCGUCUUAUUUUUUUUUGUCAUCCGUCUUAUCAUCCGUCUUAUUUUUUUUGUCAUCCGUCUUAUCAUCCGUCUUGUUUAUUAUAUAUCAUCUUUCUUAUUGUUAAAAUGAACAUUACAAGGGAUCAAGCCCUCUGUAUGUUUUUUUAUGAAGAAUGUACUGACGACAACAUCAAAAAAUGCAAAGAACGGUUUGAAAAGUGGGGGGAUGUCGAAAUAUGUUACAAUACAUCUCCAAAGGAACCAGUUGUUGUUUCAAACACGCGAAUAGUUGGUGAUCCUUUUACAUACAGAAAAUAUCGAGAAUCUCAAGAUCCAAGCUUAGUGGGUGAAGUCAGAAAAAGAAAAAUAUAUGAAUUGAAAACAACUGCACAAGUAAAGAUUUUUUUAAAUGAAGCAUUUUGCUGUGCAGAUCCUAAUAAUGCCAAGGCCUAUAAACCUAAAUUGCUGUCAACAAUGGAAAUCUAUGAAACCAUCCAACAAUACACAUCACUAUUCAGCAAACGAAGUGGGCAAUCUUUUGCAAGAUGGUGCUCAGUCAAUAAUGUAUCAUUUUUAAUUGCAAAAGAAGACAGAAAUACGAAAAUUAGAAAAAGAAAGCUUUAUGUACUAGAUGAUAUGUAUUAUGUACAAGGAGUCCAUCUUGCAUCUGAAAAAAAAUGGUUAUGAAGUCAUCGGCUACGCGCGCAAAUCCCCAGAUGGCAGUGAUCCAGCAACAAGAUUGCAACACCUACAGCAAAUGGUCAAUAAUCUCCGUGAACGCUCCCUUGUUGAUAAAACUUACGUUUCAAUAUCUAGUCUUGCAUCCUCGCCGUUUAACGAAAGGGAUUUGAAUGUAGUUGACGAUAUGGAAAAACUUGAACAUGUAACAGGAAAUACUCAAGGUAAAUUAAAACUAUAUAGCUGCAAAACCCAUCACUGACAUUCUAGUUGAUUCACAAUAGAUAUGCUUGAGUAUAUUCAAGCCGUCGAUCAUAAUGUUUGUUUGGUUUCCAUUGAUUUUGCUGGUCUUUCGUCACGUUCACAUAUUGUGAAAGAUUUCUUGGUUUUUUUUUAUUGAAAGUAUAUAUCUUAGUUUUUUUUUUUUUUUUUAUUGAAAGUAUA